AAGUGCUGUACCCGUCUCGGCAGAUAAGAAGGGCCCCAGCAGUGGUCGCAGUCUGUAUUGGGUUUGUUCACUUGGUUGUCCGGCCUUCCACACGCUUCCUAAAAAAAUGCGGGGGUACAUUGUUUUGUGCUGCUUGUUCGUGACUGCUGCUGCAAUUACGCAUCAAGAGCUCAUCGGCGCAGAGUGGUCAGCAUUCAAGGCAUUACAUGGAAAGGACUAUGCGUCUGACACAGAAGAAUACUACAGGCUCAAGAUCUACAUGGAAAACAGGCUGAAGAUUGCGCGGCACAACGAAAAGUAUGCCAAAAGCCAGGUCUCGUACAAGCUUGCCAUGAAUGAAUUUGGAGACUUGCUACACCACGAGUUCGUCAGCACACGCAACGGCUUCAAGCGCAACUACAGGGACUCUCCACGAGAAGGCAGCUUCUUCAUCGAGCCUGAGGGCUUUGAGGAUUUGCACCUGCCCAAGACUGUCGACUGGAGGAAGAAAGGCGCUGUGACCCCUGUCAAGAACCAGGGACAGUGCGGAUCUUGCUGGGCCUUCAGCACCACGGGAUCCCUGGAGGGCCAGCACUUCCGCAAGACGCGCAAGCUUGUGUCGCUCAGUGAGCAGAACCUGGUCGACUGCUCCAGAAGCUUCGGCAACAACGGCUGCGAGGGUGGUCUCAUGGACAAUGCUUUCAAGUACAUCAAGUCCAACAAGGGCAUUGACACAGAGUGGAGCUACCCUUACAAUGCCACGGACGGUGUUUGCCACUUCAACAGGAGCGAUGUGGGUGCCACAGACACUGGUUUCGUCGACAUACCAGAAGGGGACGAGAACAAGCUGAAGAAGGCCGUGGCUACGGUUGGACCCGUCUCGGUUGCCAUCGACGCCAGCCACGAGUCAUUCCAGUUCUACUCGGAAGGUGAAAUCUCCGCCCCUCUCUCAGCUUUGUUUCUGGUUACUCUGGGGCUAUUAAUGGGCCCCUAAACCACCCAGAGGUCG